ACGUCAGAGCUCCGAUGCUUUGGCGCGAUGUCUGGACAAAUUUGAAUCAGACCGUUUGCAGACGGUGAAAAGAGCAGACUUCUCUCCUCCGCGCUCAGGUGGACGCUGUGGCUAGCGGGACUACAGGCGGUACAAAGAUGUCGUGGGACUUCUUUGUACCUGUGUGCACAGGCGACCUGGUGAAGACUGGCGGGAUCAACCAGUACGUUGUUCAGGAUGUGGUCCCCCCAAAACAGCUGCCGUCCAAUCUCAGUAGAUUCAAGGCUGCAUUGAGAAGCCAGGGGCCUUUGUGUAUAUUGGAACACUUUGACACAGGCUACAGCGUUCUCCAGCACUUCAACUCAGUGGAGCCGGGUGUAAAAGAGGAUACUCUGGAAUUGCUAGUACAAGUGGUUAGUGGCCUGGCUGCUUCCCUGCCUGCACUCCUCAUCACCACCUCCCUCUCAGCUGGAGAACGCAAAGAGAAGCUUAAUGCAGUAAAAAUGAGCGUCUUCCUGCUCUGCAAGCUCACAGAGACCCUUGAGAGCUACUCCUGUAGGCAGAGUAUUGUCACUGUGCCUGGGAAGGGUAAAAAAGGUAAAGCUGCAGGGGAGGGAAUGCUGCAGUGGGACUCAGAGCGGGAGACAGUGUUGCAGGCCCUCGUCCAGCUCCUCCAGCUGGAUAUCCGUUCCCUCUGGAACCUUUCCUUGGUGGAGGAAGAGUUCACCAGCUGUGUGACCUGUUGCUGUUACAAACUACUUGAGAACCCAACCAUCAGUCAUGUCAAGAGCAAACCCACCAGAGAUGGUAUAAUCCACCUUUUGGGUGUGCUGAUCAAGAAGUACAACCACCUCCUGGGUGCAAGCGUAAAGGUGAUCCAGUUGCUCCAACACUUCGAGCAGUUGUCAUCUGUUUUUGCCCAGGCAGUGUCUGUGUGGAGCACAGAAUAUGGAGUCAGGGCUAUCAUAGGAGAAGUUGUAAGGGAAAUUGGUCAGAAGUCAAGUGAGGAGCUUGCCAGAGAGGGGUCGGGGGUCAAAGCCUUUGCUUCCUUUAUCUCAGAACUCGGUGGCCUGGUGCCUGAACUAAUGAUCCCCAACAUCAGUGUGCUCAUCACACACCUGGAAGGAGAGAGCCACACUAUGCGUGUUGCUGUGUGUGAAGUGCUGGGAGAGAUCCUUGUCCGGGUCUUGUGUGGCGACAGCCUCAAUGACUCCGGCAAAGCUGACCGUGACCGAUUCUUUGACACACUGCAGGAACAUCUGCAUGACACGCACUCCCAUGUCAGGGCACGCGUGUUGCACGUUUACACACGCAUCGUCAACAGCAAGGCACUGCCCUUGUGUAGGUACAGUGAGGUGAUGGAGCUGGCUGUGGGGCGGCUGAUGGACAAAUCUAUAAAUGCAGUAAAGAGUGCUAUCCAGCUGUUGGCAGCCUUCAUUGCACACAACCCCUACAGCUGCAAGUUGAGCAGCGCGGAUCUGAAGAAACCGCUGGAGAAAGAAAUGUCUAAAUUCAGAGAGAUGAAAGAGAAACUGGAAGGGAAAGCACCAGUGGCAGUGAUUAAAGCAUCUGAGCUGUGGGCCGCUAUGGAGCCUGAGCUGCUUGUCACUGUCAGGACAGAGCUGGAACCCACAAGCGAAACGGAGAAGGAGCAGCAGGAAGACGAGGAAGACAGGGAUGCAGAAGAAGAAAAAGGAGCAGAGGACGACAGGGCCACUGCAGUGAUGGUGGCUCAGUACCUCCGCGUCAACAAAUACAGGAAUGCUGUGCGUCUUUGUAUAAGAGCUUACGGCCGCUUCCCUGAGUCUGAGAUGUUUGCCUCUCUGUCCACUCUUACCCCAGAGACUCUGAUGGAAACGAUGGCUCUGAUUUUCAAAGGCUCUGAUGAGAACACGGCUGAGCUCAGCCAGAACUUGCCACCUACCCCACAGAAAGAGGGGGCAGACGGGGAGCUGAAGAAGCAGGAGAUGUUGGUGCAGUACCUGAGAGAUACAGAAACUUUCGCCUUACAAGUGGAGAGAGCAAUCUCCGUUAUCAACACCAUGCUCUAUUUGAAGACCACUUCAGUCGUCCAGGAGGCUGUGCAGUUCUGCGUGACAGUGUGUGAAUUCAGUGUUGCCAACUCUGUCAGUGGAGUGAGGAAGAUGUUGCCUCUCGUCUGGUCAACUGACACUGCCAUUAAAGAUGCUGUGGUUCAGGCCUACAGGCGCCUCUAUCUGAACCCUCAGGGAGACACCAUCAGGAUGAAAGCCCAGACUCUUGUGGACAGUCUCUCUGAGCUGAUGGUGGAUGCUUCACUGGGAACAAUCCAAUGUCUUGAGGAAAUAGUGCAGGAGUUCUUUGGCACUGGCAGUAAUCUCCAGUCCACUGUAGUGCAGGUCCUGUGGGAGAGGUUUACUGGAAAACGAGAGACUUCAGCCUUAAACAGGCGAGCUGCAGUGUUACUACUGGGCAUGGCUGCAAGGGCAGAGAGGGAGGUGGUUCUCAGCAAUCUGGACACACUUUGUUCCGUGGCUCUCGGAGAAAAAGUGACUGAAGACUUCCUUCUGGCCAGAGACACAGUUAUAACCAUCUGCAGCAUCACUGAUCAUGUCAGGCUAUCAAAAGGUGCUCCGUUCAGACUGCCCCAGGACCAUCAGCUCUUCACCUGCCUCACACAGGCCCUCGCUGAAGGUGUGGUGAUGGAAAACCCUUACUGGCAGAGCUUCAUGGAACAGGCCGUCCGUGUCAUCUACUUCCUGGCUGAAUCUCCUGACCAGCUGUGCUCCCGGCUGCUCCAGCGCAGUGCUCGCCUCUUACUCGAUCAGAUCGUAGAAGGCGGGGAGGUCAACAGAGAUCCUGGCCAAAGUCAAGAUGGAUCUCAAGAGUCCAAUGAGCAAGAUGAACAAGUGAACUGUGUGUGUCUGGCCCAGCUGUUGUCUCUGUGUGGCUGCGUGGCCUUCUGGCAGAUUUCUCACCUGGAGCGCAGUGUGAGUGCUGAGCUCCGGAGGAGGAGAGGAGUUACCGAGGAGAGGGAGGAGAAGUUAAAGGGCCCAUCCAGCAAAGCUAAGCAAACAGCCAAUGAGAGUGCCAUGGAGGAGGAGCUUGGGCUGGUUGGCGCUUCCGCUGAAGAUACAGAGGCUGAACUCAUCAGAAAGAUCUGCGAGACUGAAUUAAUGGCUGAGGAGAACCUGCUGUGUGCAUUCCUUCCCCUGCUGGUGAAAGUCUGCAGCUCCCCGGGACGCUAUUCCCACCCACAGCUCACCACUGCUGCCUGUCUGGCUCUCUCUCAGUACAUGAUGAUAAGCCCAUCGGUGUGUGAAGAGAACGUCCGUCUCAUGUUCACGGUGCUGGAGCGCUCUUCUCUUCCUGUUGUCAGGGCCAAUGCCGUAAUAGCCCUCGGAGACCUCACUGUACGAUUCCCAAACAUUUUGGAGCCUUGGACACAGAAUCUCUAUGCCAGACUCAGUGAUGAGGUUCCCUCAGUGAGGCAGACGGCUGUGACAGUUCUUACUCAGCUGGUGCUUAAGGAUGUGCUCAAGGUCAAAGGUCAAGUCAGCGAGGUGGCUGUGCUACUAAUAGACCCCAAGCCGCACAUUACCAGCCUCGCCCUGAACUUCUUCAAUGAGUUGGCCACCAAGGACAACGCGAUCUACAACCUGCUCCCAGACAUCAUCAGUCGCCUGUCUGAUCCAGAGAGGGGCAUGAGCGCAGAGGACUUCAACACCAUCAUGAAACAGCUGUUCUCCUACAUCACCAAGGAAAGGCAGACGGAGUCUCUAGUGGAGAAACUGUGUCAACGCUUUAGGACUGCCAAGACGGAGCGUCAGUGGUGCGACUUGGCCAUGUCUCUGUCUCUGCUGUCGAUGUGCGAGCGUGGGUUUAAGAGGCUGCAGGAGUGCUGGGAGUGUUACAGUGACAAGUUGACUGAACCUGGAGUUUACCAGCCUCUACUCUCCAUCACCGCCAAGCUCCGUCGUGGGGCCAAACCUCAGUUUAAGGCCCAGGUAGAUGAGUUUGAAAAGCGGCUGACGGCGGUUCACACACGGGGGCUGGAGAACGUAGAAAGCCCUGAGAUGGAAGAGGAAAACCAGGGAGAUGGGUCCUCUGAGAAGACGGUCAUGCGUACACCUUUGCCCGCCAGAGGUCGUUCGAGGACCAAGAGAGGCCAAACAAAGCCUUCAACCUCCAGCCACGGUGAUGACAGCUUUGUGACGCCUCGGAAAUCGUGCAAGUCCAAGAAACCUGUUAUCACCUUCAGCAGUGAUGAGGAGGAGGAGGAGGAGGAGGAGGAUGCUGUAAUGGCGGAUAGUGAGACGCCUAAAGUGACGACGCCCAUCGCCCGUACAUCCAGACGAGCUCGCCUCAGAAACUGAUGUUCUUUUUCCUUGUAUUUAUCUUUAUUUCUGUCUUUUAAUUCUUUUAUGUGAAAUGAAGCUUUGCAUUUUUAUGUUUUUACUUUUUUUAAAUAUUUUUAAUUUCUUGUAUAUUUUUAAAGAUACUUUUACUUAACACCAUACUCAUGUAAACUGAUGUAUCUAAUCACGUAGACUCGAGACGACUUUUAAUAAACCUGGUUUCUGGUUUUGAUAAGA